CAAAAAUGGGUGCAGACGCAAUCCAAACGAACGGUCACGAUCCCGCCAAGUUAACCGCCGCGAGAGGGAUCCAACGGUUGAGAUGCGCCGUGAAGAACUACGAGUGGGGCAAACUCGGACCGGACUCACUUGUUGCGAGGCUCCACGAGGCGAAUUCAGGGGACCGAGUCGACCCGGUGGUUCCUCACGCCGAGUUGUGGAUGGGUACUCACGAGUCGGCACCGAGUUACGUUGUGAAGGAAGAAGAAUUCGGGUCGGGUCGUAAUGGAUCCGAAUGCAUGGUUACAUUGAAAUCAUGGGUUUUGGAUUAUCCGAAUUUACUCGGGUCUAGAGUCGUGGACAAAUGGGGUUGUGAUCUUCCUUUCCUCUUCAAGGUUUUGUCAGUGACGAAAGCAUUGUCGAUUCAAGCACAUCCAAACAAAGCCUUAGCAGAGAAAUUGCAUAGAGAAGAUCCUCUUCUUUACAGAGAUGCUAACCAUAAGCCUGAGAUUGCUCUCGCCAUUACUCCUUUUCAAGCUCUUUGUGGUUUCGUAUCUCUUAAUGAGCUGAAGGAAGCCAUCGCCAAUGUACCAGAAAUCACAGAGCUUGUCGGAAGUAAAGCAGCAGAUCAAAUCUUCAAAGUCAACGAACACGAUGGAGACGAAACAAGUGUUAAAUCCGUUGUCCGUUUGAUUUUCACGCAAUUGAUGUCUGCAAACAUCAAUGAUACAAAGCAAGUCAUAUCACAGAUGAAGAUUCGUCUGAUCUCAGAAACAAACCACCGUGAGUUAUCGGAGAAGGAGAAGUUAGUAUUGGAACUAGAGAAACAGUAUCCAGGUGACGUGGGCGUGAUCUCAGCAUUCUUCUUUAACCACGUCAAGCUUAAUCCCGGAGAGGCUUUGUAUCUUGACGCCAACGAGCCACACGCUUACAUUUCCGGCGACUGUGUUGAGUGUAUGGCGGCUUCAGACAACGUUGUUAGAGCUGGUCUCACUCCGAAACACCGCGAUGUUCAAACUCUGUGUUCUAUGCUGACCUACAAAUUGGGCUACCCGGAGAUUUUGAAAGGAUUUCCUCUGACUCCAUACAUUACGAGAUACCUUCCACCAUUUGAUGAGUUUGAAGUGGACCAUUGUGAUCUUCCUAGAGAGAAAUCCACUGUUUUUCCGGCCAUACCAGGGCCAUCGGUUUAUCUGGUUAUUGAAGGAAAAGGGACAUUGAAAACCGGUUCAUCUCAAUUGUUGGUUAAACGAGGAGAUGUUUUGUUUGUUCCGGCACAUAACGAGAUUCACGUAACCGGAGAAAGUGAUGUGAUGAAGCUUUACAGAGCUGGAGUCAGCAGCAGAUUCUUUCAAACAAUGUAGACUAAGUAAAGAUACAUAUAUAUAUAUUUAAUUUGUUAUCUAAAUGUAACCAUAGGGAUCAAGGCAUUGACGUGAUCAUAGUCAAUAUUGGUCCAUGUUCUUUAAUCCUACAAAUGUCCCAUUACGAAUCAAGGGUUCAAGGGGUUGUUUUUCUAUUAACUUUUGUUGUUUCU